GGCGCCGACGCCGACGCGAGUGCUGCCGCGCGUCUGAACCAAGCCAUGUUCAAGAAGAGCGGUGCGGAAUCUGGCGCGGCUAGUACAACAGGAAGCAUCAGGCCGCAAAAAAUUUUGUACGCGGAUCCGGAUGCGGCAAAGCGAGCGGAAGAUAUGGCUCAGCAACACGAAGCGUACUACUUUUUGUUGCAUACAUUUGAAAAAAAUGAUUUCAGCAUUUUUGUGAUUUCGAAACGUUGUCAUUGUCAUGUAUACUAUCAAUCUAGCAAGUGCAAGGCGUACGGUACGUCGGUCAAUACAAUUACCUCGCACAACGGGUCGCUGUCCCUUCACCAUACAACAGGUACCUCUACGAAGAUCGACAUGACGUGCAACCUGCUCCGAACAAAGCAGCGUCUGCGCAACUUCAACAGACGUCCACUGCGAACUCGAAUACUCUGCUGACUAGUUUUGAGGAGAUUCCGCCCGGCGUGCGCAAACUGUGGCGAAACUGCGGCAAGAUCGGUAUUGGUGGGUUUGGCGCCGUUUACCGCGUCGCCCCACGCGAACUGAUGGACAAGAUAACCGAUCGCGAGCUGCACGCUUUGAAGCUGGAGAAGGGAAGCCGCAAGACGGCGGGUAAACGGCCGCGGUUGUACGCAGAAAUCAAGUUUCUGCAGCGGGUCGCCAAAAUCGCGGGGACGCGCCACGUAGUCCGCUUGAUCCGCAGCAGCACCAACGAGCCAGACGGCUCGGCGUACAUCGUGAUGACGCUCUGUGAUUUCGAGGUCGGCUACCUGAAGAGCGUCGCCCAGCGCCUCUCCGUGCCCCUAGUGACCUGGCUGACGCUCCAGGGCCUGCGCGCACUCGACCACGUCCACCGUUCCGGUCUGGUUCACUGCGACAUCAAGCCGCAGAAUAUGAUGCUCCGCACCACCACCGACCGCCGGGUCAUGCGUUUGAUGCUCGUGGACUUUGGGCUGUCGAAGCUGUACGAAAGUAAGAAAACGAAGAAACUGUUGGAGGAGCCGGAUGCGACGCGGUACCGCGGUACGCCGCUUUACGGGAGUCUGGACACGCUGAAAGGCUACGAGCCGACGCCGCUCGACGACGUCAUGAGUCUCUUUUACGUGGCACUGGAGCUGCUUUGGGGCGGGUUGCCGUGGCAGCGGCGGAGCAAGGAUCCUCUGGCGAACGAAAACCUCGCACGGCUGCGGAAGAAGAUCGUCCUGGACCGGAAGCAGGCGGUGGAAAGUCUUGGAGACGCCGAGCCGAAAUUUCUGCACCCGGAGGACGCGUUGCUGAUGCAUUUCAUGUUCCAGAAGGAUGCCAUCACCAAAGACAUCAUCCACAUCGAAAUGGAGCGCGUUGCCCGGGCCAAAGAGCGAAAGGAGCGCGCCAUCCAGGAGCGGGAGCGUGAACGGCAGGAGAAAGAGCGCAAGGAGCAGGAGGCCCGGGACCGCGCCGCGCGGGAAACAAAGCAACGGCUCGAGCGCGAGCGAGCCGCCGAGAGCAGAGAGGGCAAGGAAAAUAAGGAAAGCGCCGGCGAAGAAAAAGACGAGCGGGGAAGUAGAGAGACUGACAAGGAAGCCGUGGCCGAAUCGUUGGCUGCACCUCCUCCCGAGAUAAUGAAGGAAGGGACGCACGAGGCGGCUGCCGCGUCUCCCCGGCGACGAUCGAAAUCGCAAUCUCCACGGCGGCGAAGCAAAUCGAAGUCGCCUGAAAGACGGUCGCACAAAAACGAGAUUGAGGACGAGCAAAAGAGGCACACGCAGCAGAAAGAACGGCCGCGGCAGCUCCACGGUCUGGCGGCAUUGAAACAUAAUUUACCGAAAGGAACGAAAUACUGGUUGAGCGAACACAUCCAGAACCACGACGAGCUUUUUCAGAAGACGGCGCCCAAGAUUCCGCUGAUAAAGCGCCAGCGCCCUCCAAAGCGGACGGACGUACCCUCGCACGACGUCAAGCACGAUUUCCGCCGGGAAGUGUGUUACCAGGGGGUUCGUUCCUUGCACGAAGCGAUCAUGAAACACCUGAACAAGCGCGAUUUGGAAUCUCUGCCGGACCCGGGGGUUUGGCAUGUUCCGCUGGUGAACGCCAAAAGCAGUGCGCCACAGAGCGGAGACGAGUUGCAUCACGGCGACGCAGAUUUAUUCGAAGAGAAGCUCUACAUAGCCUGGGACAGGGUGGCCGACGCGACGACGAUGGUAAAGCCGACCUGGCGACAGUGGGCGGAGUCAAUCCCAAAAAACUUUCUCCGGCUCUACAUGCACGCGUUUUCGGACCGCAAAAACUGGGGCCUGUACGACAGCCAUCCCAACAAAAUCAACAAGCCCAUGCUGACGGAGGCGGACAAAAGGGAAAUCCACGACUCCGACCUGACCCCCAAUCACUGCAUCGAUCUCCCCCUUUACUGCAAGAAGGUCUGCCAGUCGGUGUACCAGAGCGACCUUCAGGUCGACAGUGCGAUCAACAACUUCGAGGACGGCGAGGAAAUCAGCAGCCAGACCCUAGUGCACUCUGUGAAGCAGACCAUCGAAGAAUACGACAUGGAAAAAGCAAGACAGAAGCGAUUUCUCGAGCGUAACGCUAAUUCGCGGGGCUUCGAUCCUAAGACAAAAACUUCCUCUGCUCUCAUCAUGAGGUCGAGCAGUCCCCCGAAAGAGAAAGAGACCAAGCAGAAUCUGACCCCGAAGGCGGCCGCAGCUGCGGCGGCGGCGGCGGCGAACAAGCAGCGCCAUCGCCGCGGUAGUCUGACGCUGGAAGAGCAGGAUCGGGAAGUGUUGAUCUGUCUGGAGAGGAAGCCGCCCGCACACACGCUCGCCUUUGACUUCGGAGACACGACCAAGGUGUCCCGGUGCUUGCGGGAGUACCAGCAGGAAAUGGAGCAAACCUACUUUGAUACACAGCUGUACGAUUCGUUCCUGGACCCGAAGACGCGGCUUCCGGACGCGAUGCUGCACCCGGAGCCGGUGAUCAAGUCGAAGGGCGAGUAUGCGGGCGUGACUGACACCACGGCGAAAAAGAAGAACAUGACGCGCAACCGCCAGGCCUUCCUUCUGAACACGGUGGAGACGCAGUACUUCCGCGUAGACCUCGAGAUCAAAGGGUUCCUGCUCGGCCGCAGCACAGGGACGCUGCCGCACACCUGCCUCCCCGGAGAGCUGGAAAAGCGCGACGAAUUGGUCGCAAGGUUCGAGGAAGAGAAACGGCGAAAUUAUCAGUACGCCUACCGCGGGCUCGAUACCCGGGACCUGCUGGCGGAAAAGUUCGGCGUUGAGUUCAACUUCAGAAACAACUCCGCGGCCCAGCAGGACCUGACCGUGGCGGGGUCCUCGGUGCUCAACGCGGACACCCUGCAUCUGAUGUUCGACUCCACGGACACCGCACAACAGGCCACCAACCUGGCCUGCCUGAAAUUCUGGCGGGAAUCCGAAAAGUUGCACGACGACUUGCUGCUGGAAAAGACGCUGAAGGAGAUCCAGAACGCCGGGCAAAACGCGUUGAAGUGGGUCGAGAACAAGGUCGGUGACAACUUCUUCUACCAACUGGAGAGAGAGGUGCUUGGCUGGUUCGCGACGUACGAGCAGCAGAAGUGGGUUACGGCACACGAGAUGCUCUGGGACCUUGCAUUGCUGGAGGACGCCGAUGUUCAGGCCCUGGUUGCAGAAGUGUGGACCGCGGACAGAGCGAUGAAGUUGACGGGUGGAGGAGCGACCAGUGGCGCUGCAGCUGUCGUGGAGAGCUCCUUCGACCCCUUCCUGGGCGGGGACCACAACAAUUCUGCAGCGGCCUCCGGAACGGAGCACAUCGACACGAAGUUUGGAUUGCGAAACCACCUGUGGUGCCUCGUGCGGGAGUGGAUGCAGGACGACGUGCUGCGCGUCUCGCACUGCCUGAAGGCGUUUGUGCAGCGGUUCAAAAGUAAGCUCUCCGACUUUGGCGUUGCGGCGCUCGAGAAGAAGAGCGAGCGGAUCGAAUCGCAGCGGGACUGGGAUCUCUUCAGUCGGGGGGGCGCGUAUCAUCCGCAUUCGAGGAUGCACGAGCGGCAAUCGGACGAAGCCCUGUCAUUCUACAAGGAUGUUCUGCACCGGAUACAGCAAAAGUAUUUCCUCGAUCAGACGAGCUGUGGGGCGAUACAGAUGGCGUCGCGGACGAAGGCGGACACUUCCCCCGCCACCUACUUGUUUGGAAAAGCCGUCGCGCAGGGUCGCGAAAACCCUGACCACCACGCCGCAGUCAAGAAAAUCCAGAUGCUAUCGUACGUCCACGCCGCAGAAAACACACUUGAGAGCUACCUGCUAGCUGCGGGGGAAGCCGGCACGGAUAAGAGACUGUAUCACACCAUUGUUGCCGGAAUAGGUCGGCCUCCAGUUCUCGCGAGGCAGCGAGCCGGGGCCGAGGGACGCGCUGCCGCUGCGCACAGCCUCUCGUAUACUACUAGCAGUUUGCGCGAGUUACUGCAGAAAUUCACGGUCUUCGGAUUGCCAAAAGUCUGUGCGUCGAAACGCAAACAGCUUUUUGCGAAGAACGAAUUGCGGACGGACCAAUUUCCAAGAGCACUUGAGGAGCGCGACCGGUCGCCAAGCAGGAGCGACGUCGUGCAAAGGCCGAACAAGAAGAUGGACGCAGCGAACGAGGCAAAUAAGAAAGCGCCUCUGAAUGCGAGUCUCUCGCUAAAACGAAAAAAAAUUGGUGACCGGCUUCGCAUGUUCGAGAAGUUCCCGAAGCUGCAUGCUCCGAUGCAUCGUCUUGUAAAAGAUUUCUUCGCGCCAGAAGAAAAGGCAGGAACAGCAACCAAGCGGUCGGAUGAACACGUUUCUCCACAGGCAGAGGACGACGAGGACAUGCUGCAAGAUGAAAAGCAGGCAGAAAACCGCGCCAGACUCCAGGCUUUCCUGAUGAAGAGACGGCGAUCGAGCGGCGACGGACCCGCACUGGUCUCGCCGCGGCUCGCCACAGUGAAAAGCGAUUUAGCAAAAGCUGAACUGGCCGCAGAGAAACACCGCAACGAGGCCAUCCGAUACUUGUAUGGGGAGAGUGCUGUCGUUGUCGAAGUCGCCGCGGGCUUUGACGCGGAUCCUGCGGAAGAGCCGCCGUUGAAAAGGCCACGAGGAACCGUUACCGACGAAGAGGACAACAAAUUUUUGUACUCCCCGUCGCCCGAUAGUGGUCUGCCGCUUCCUAACCCGCGGGAAAGUAGAGUCUCUUCGGAUCAAUCGUUUCAGUACACCCCAGCGGCACGGACGGACGAGAAUCGUCUUGCGACUGGAAACAACAAGGACAAAACGUUCUACCUAGGUUAGUUUUUCCCGUUGGCAUCAUGCAGGUAGAAGUUGCAGAUGCAGGCAUGAUAGGUGCCAAUUCCAUAGCAGUUUCCCAAACGCAAAACUUUUUUGUUCAACAUCGACACCACAGAAAUCGCAAAAGAAAGCCAUCGUCUUAGAGCUGCUAAGCUUUGC